GGUCCCCGGUCUCCGUCCGGAGGAAGCGAGGCUGUGCUAGCUGGGCAGUCGGCGGGGACGGGACGCGCCGUAGGGCGGCGGACUCGCCCUCAGGGUGACUGCGCCGUCCGGGCCUGACCUGCCUGGCCGCAGGUGCCCUGGAUGUGGCCGCUCCGCGCGCCCCGACCGAUCUUAUAAUCAAUGGAUAAAGUGGGGAAAAUGUGGAAUAACUUCAAAUACAGAUGUCAGAAUCUCUUCAGUCAUGAGGGAGGAAGCCGUAGUGAAAAUGUGGACAUGAACUCCAACAGAUGUUUGUCUGUCAAAGAGAGAAGCAUUAGUAUAGGAGACCCAGCUCCUCAGCAACAAAGCAGUCCCUUAAGAGAAAAUCUUGCCUUACAACUGGGAUUAAGCCCUUCAAAGAAUUCUAGGAGAAACCAAAAUUGUGCCACUGAAAUCCCUCAGAUUGUUGAAAUAAGCAUUGAAAAGGAUAAUGAUUCUUGUGUCACCCCAGGAACAAGACUUGCACGAAGAGAUUCCUACUCUCGACACGCUCCAUGGGGUGGGAAGAAAAAACAUUCCUGUUCGACAAAGACCCAAAGUUCAUUGGAUACUGAUAAAAAGUUUGGUAGAACUCGAAGUGGACUUCAAAGGAGAGAGCGGCGCUAUGGUGUAAGCUCUGUGCACGAUAUGGACAGUGUUUCCGGCAGAACUGUAGGAAGUCGCUCUCUGAGACAGAGGUUGCAGGAUACUGUGGGCUUGUGUUUUCCCAUGAGAACUUAUAACAAGCAGUCAAAGCCCCUCUUUUCCAAUAAAAGAAAAAUACAUCUUUCUGAAUUAAUGCUCGAAAAAUGCCCUUUUCCUGCUGGCUCAGAUUUAGCUCAAAAAUGGCAUUUGAUUAAACAGCAUACAGCUCCCGUGAGCCCACAUUCAACGUUUUUUGAUACAUUUGAUCCGUCUUUGGUUUCUACAGAAGAUGAAGAAGAUAGGCUUAGAGAGAGAAGACGGCUUAGUAUUGAAGAAGGGGUUGAUCCCCCUCCCAAUGCACAAAUACAUACAUUUGAAGCUACUGCACAGGUUAAUCCAUUAUAUAAACUGGGACCAAAGUUAGCUCCUGGAAUGACUGAAAUAAGUGGGGACAGUUCUGCAAUUCCACAAGCUAAUUGUGACUCAGAAGAGGACACAACCACCCUGUGUCUGCAGUCACGGAGGCAGAAGCAGCGGCAGGUAUCUGGAGAUAGCCAUGCCCAUGUUAGCAGACAGGGAGCUUGGAAAGUCCAUACGCAGAUUGAUUACAUACACUGCCUCGUGCCCGAUUUGCUUCAGAUUACAGGGAAUCCCUGUUACUGGGGAGUGAUGGACCGUUAUGAAGCAGAAGCCCUUCUCGAAGGGAAACCUGAAGGCACGUUUUUGCUCAGGGACUCUGCGCAGGAGGACUACCUCUUCUCUGUGAGCUUCCGCCGCUACAACAGGUCCCUGCAUGCCCGAAUUGAGCAGUGGAAUCACAACUUUAGUUUUGAUGCCCACGACCCGUGUGUAUUUCACUCUUCCACUGUAACAGGACUUUUAGAACAUUAUAAGGAUCCCAGUUCUUGCAUGUUUUUUGAACCAUUGCUUACUAUAUCACUAAAUAGGACUUUUCCUUUUAGCCUGCAAUAUAUAUGUCGUGCAGUAAUCUGCAAGUGCACUACGUAUGAUGGAAUUGAUGGGCUCCCUUUACCAUCGAUGUUACAGGAUUUUUUAAAAGAGUAUCAUUAUAAACAGAAAGUUAGGGUUCGCUGGUUAGAACGAGAACCAGUCAAGGCAAAGUAAAUUCUCCUGUCCCCAAAGGGCAUUAACUAGAUCUGCUUUCAUGUGCAUCAGACAGUACACCUAUAGCAAACACAUGUAUCAGUGCUAGGUUUUUUCAUAUAGUACGUAAGCUUAGUGUUGGUAUCUGUCAGAUGCGAUUUGCUGUUACUUACUCAGAUAAACGUGGUGCCUAUUGAAACAACGGAUGAUAGAGCUACAGAAAUUCAGUAAGGCUGCAAAAACCUGUUGCCGGUUUAGUUAAUAGUUUGGUUUUUAAUGGCUGCAGUAAUUGAGCGAGGCAACUCCAGAGCAUUUGCUAUGAAGAAGAAUUCUAUCUCCUACUGAAGAACAAAUUAUUAAUAUUGGAUGAGUAUUUCAGCAGUGUGACUAAUGUUUGAAGUUAUUUUUUCUAAUAGUUUUUAUAUAAUGUUCCAAAAAUAGUGGUGUUUGUAGUUACUAUAAAUCAUGCUUUGGAAGUCUAAAAAAAUAAAAGAUUGCCUUCCUUUUAAAAACAAAA